GUGGCGGGGCCAAGAAGCACACGCGGCCGCCCAUGUCGAAGCUGUUUACGUCGCUGCAGCUGACGCCGGAGAACUUUCUGCGGCUGCAGGCCGCGGCCAAGCAGUACAUGCUGGACGAGGCGCACGCGGAGCGGCAGAGCUGCGUGGGCAGCCGCGGCAAGGGCGACACGGACAUGGUGAAGCUGCGGCUCUUCAACUGCGUGCGCGACUUCUUGAACGACGGCGUGGGUGAGCGCUUUUUCGGGCCCGACGUCCCGGCCGUGACCGAGGCCGAGACGCUGGAAGAGGGCGCGGCGGGGCGCAAGUGGGUGUGGCCGCGCGACGGGAACAAGAUUAUCAGUCUGGUGACGCCGCUUAUGCGCCGCAUGGUCACGAACGAGCGCCAGCGCCGGUAUGCGAUUGAGGCGAGGAGGGGUGGUGGGAAGCGCCGGGAGGCUGCUGCGGCGGCUGCUGCUGCUGGUGUUGCUUCCACGCCUCAGGGCAGCAGCCUGUCGCAUCUGGCGUCAUCGUCACAGAUGGAUCUGGACGACAACAACCCGUCCGUGGACCCGGCGCUGGACCCGUCGUCACGGACACCGCUAUUGGGACCAGCACCAGAAAUAACAACCGCAACAAUAAUACCACCGCCGUCCGCUUCUGCACACCACACAGUCUCCCCACCCCCACCCUCCCACUACCGCCGCUUCACCCCUCCUCAACAUCCCCCUCCUGACGCGCCCAGCUAUCCCCCCACCCGCAACGUCAUCCAGAUCGUCGUCACGCGCAACAACACCGUGCUACUACCGCGCAUCGACCUAGCGGCGGCAACGCCCAGCGCCGGGCCGCACCACGGGAUGCCGCUAGCGGAGCUGUUAGGCGUCGUGCACGACGAAAUCCGGGGACUGGGGUUAGGUGGCGCGGGGGCGACGGGGGGAGGGGGAUGGGGAGAAAGAUGUAACGAAGGAGCAAGCGAAGACAGCGACGAGAAGACGACAAGCGUAGACGAGAAAGCGCAAGCCGGGAGCGAAAAAGCCAACGAUGAGAAGACAGAGGCAGAGGCAAAGGCAGGGACAGAGGCAGGGCCCACGGAAGCGCGUCCCCGCUCCUCUUCUUCUCUAUCGGCGUCAGCAUCAUCGUCAUCGCACGCCUCUACAUCCGCCCCCAACCCCGCCAACGCUGAGACCGAGGACGCAAAACCUCAACCCCAGCCGCAAUCGCCGCGCGCCGGCAUCUCGGAGCAAAACCCUCCUCAGCCGCACACCUCGUCGCAGCCAUCUGCACCAGCACCCAAGAUCGAGCUCCGCGCCCUCACGCCCACAGGCCUGCGCCCCGUGCGCACCGAGCUCGACUGGAGCGCUGCGAGGCGCGACGUCGGCGGCGCCGCGUACAUGGAGGGCGUGCUGCGGGUUGUUGUUGAGGUGUUGUGAAUUGUGGGGAGGGGGUUUUUGACUGUUUGCUUUUUUGUUUU